AUGGGGCGUAAGACAAGCAAGUGGCAGGAGAUUGAAGCUAUCGCAGACAGUCUAGAGAAGGAGCCAUCAUGGGCCACUUCUCAGAACAGUCUUAUGAUACAGGGCUUUGAAUGGCAUGUUCCAGCAGAUCAACGCCACUGGAGGCGCCUUAGGAAGGAACUGCCAAAUCUCAAAGAUAUAGGGGUAGAUAAUAUCUGGUUACCCCCUGGAUGCAAGGGAAUGAACCCAGUAGGAACGGGUUACGACGUAUACGACCUGUACGAUCUAGGAGAAUUCGACCAAAAGGGUGCCAGAGCCACACGCUGGGGUCCAAAGGAAGACCUGCAGGAACUUACGCAAGCAGCACAGGAAACAGGUAUAGGAGUUUAUUGGGACACGGUUUUAAAUCAUAAAGCUGGCGCGGAUUUCACCGAGCGAUUCCAAGCGAUCAAGGUCGACAAUGAGGACCGCAAUGUUGAGAUUUCACAGCCAGAGACUAUCGCUGGUUGGGUAGGGUUUGACUUUCCUGGUCGUGCAGGGAAGUAUAGCUCUAUGGAGUAUCGCCGUGAACAUUUCAAUGCGGUUGAUUGGGACCAUCUCCAGAAUCGACAAGCAAUAUACAAGAUCGCUGGUCCUGGUCCCUGCAAACGAUGGGCCAAUGAUGUUAGCCUUGAGCAUGGUAACUAUGACUACCUGAUGUUUGCCAACCUGGAUCACACCAAUCCGGAAGUGCGAGCGGACAUCUUCAAAUGGUCGGAAUGGAUUGGAACUGAGCUACCAAUCAACGGUAUGCGAAUCGAUGCUGCCAAACACUACUCUGCUGCCUUCCAGAAGGACUUUGUCGAUCAUCUACGGAGUACAGUCGGUGCCGAGUAUUACCUGUUUGGCGAGUACUGGAGAGGAGAUGUAACCUUUCUACUGAAGUACCUUAAAAGGACAGACUUUCAAAUUUCCCUAUUUGACGUACCGCUUCUAGGACGCUUCUCCCUGGUUUCGAAGGCAGAAGGUGGCGACUUGCGAAAGAUAUUCAAGGGGACAUUGGUGGAAAAGAGCCCGAAGCACGCAGUAACUUUCGUUGGCAACCAUGAUACUCAACCUGGUCAAUCUCUAGAGACCAUCAUCGCACCAUUUUUCAAACCAAUUGCGUACGCCUUGAUUCUUCUACGAGCCCACGGCCAACCCUGCGUGUUCUAUGGUGACCUUUACGGUAUUAGGGGUGGGCCUGGCCCAUUAGACUGCCCCUCUUGCAAGGGAAAGCUUCCGAUCCUGAUGCGUGCCCGCAGGCUUUAUGCCUACGGAGAGCAGUGCGACUAUUUUGAUAAGCGGAACUGUAUUGGCUUUGUGCGAUAUGGCAACAUCCAUCACCCUUGGGGUCUCGCCUGCAUCAUCAGCAACACCGUUUCAACAUAUAAAUUGAUGUAUGUCGGGAUAAAUCAUGCUGGGGCGGAAUGGACGGAUAUUCUUGGGUGGUGCAUCGGGACUGUCAUCAUCGACCGUCGAGGCUAUGGCGUCUUUCCUGUUUCUGCGAAGAGUGUUAGCGUCUGGGUUGACAGCAAGGCAAAAGGUAGACAUGAUCUUACUCGACCUUUUAAUAGCGAUAUUUAUAGGUUUUGA